AUGAAAUUCCUCCUACUUUUCUUGUUUUUGCUGGAUUACGGUCCGCCCGUCUUCGCCCAGGACUACACGAUCGUCAUUUGUAACUAUACGGAGCCGACGACAACUACGAAGAUGACUACGACGACGAAGCCGACAACUACGACGACGACGACGACGACGACGACGACGACGACUACUACUACGACCACGGCAACAACUACCACCACAACGACGACGCCGACAACCACAACUCUGACCACCACCACUGCUUUCAUCUACCACCCCGUCGACAUCCACGACAACGACGACUGCAACGAGUUCAUCAACCUCAACGACACCGACCACCUCCAGCUCCACGACGCUGCCCGCCACGUCGACGACCACGACGGCGUCUACAACGAGUUCAUCUACGUCUACUUCUACUUCCGCUUCUACGUCGAGCUCAAGUCCAACUUCCACUUCGACUUCGACCUCCACCUCGAUCUCAACGAGUACACCGGCUCCGACAACUACCUCGACGUCAUCUUCUGCAAGUACAGCUUCGACUGCAAUUUUGACCUCGGGUACAACUACUGUGGCGACGCAGAGCACAGCGAGCUCAGCUUCUACGGAUGGUUCAGGAACUUCCGGAGGAACUACGGUAACUACCGCACCAAGCAGCGGAGUCCGGCGGCUCGACAUCCGGAGGCGAUUCUUCGUCAUCUGGCGGAACUAGUGGAGGAGGCGGCAGCACCACAACCACCCCGACUUCAACGAGUACAGCGAAAAGCGGGGACAGCUCAGGAGGACUACUUUAACGAGUACAUCUACUGGAGGGCCGAGUUUGGCAAGUACAACAUCGGGAUCGAAGCUGGGACAUCUGAAGACACAACCACAGCUAUACUAACUACACCAUCGACAACUGGCACUUCCGGCGGCUCGUUGGGGACAUGCCUACCCCUUCUCGAACUCGACCUCACCUCCCUGCCCGACUCGACGGCCAUCGUGCAGCGAGACUGGAGCUUUGCCGUCAAUUCAACUACCUCGUCGGCUAGCCCGUGCACAAUCACACAGUACACCUGGGCGCUGGAUGGACUCUCGAGUACAAACUACACCGCCGAAACGCUAUACCUCGCCCCUGGGCAGCAAUUGGGAAAUCAUAAUGUGUGUUUGACGGCUGAAUUCGAGCAUGUGGUGAAUUACACAGCCUGUGGGGUAGUGAACAUUGUGGCAUCGACUGGAUUGGUGUCGCGAGAAGUUAUUGGAAUGGCCGAUGAGACGGAAGUUACCCUCUCCGUCAACUACACCUGGUACUGUUAUCCGGAAGCGGACCCGCUGGCCGUCUACCUCCCGUUGCUCGAAUCGGACUGCUUAAAUGGAUCAUCCGAAUAUGUUUUGACAAAUGGCGUCCUCGGCUUCCACCCCGUCGACGAGUACUUUGCCCUGGGAAAAUACCGCUUAUUCUUGUGGGCACAAUCGAAAAGUGUGCCAUCCCGGCAACAAAAUCUGACCAUCAUCCUCGACGUGGUCACCCUGACAAGCACCACCGAAGAACCUACCACGACCGAGGCUCUGACUUCAGAAGUGACGAGCCCGGAUUCAUCAUCUACCGAAUCGUCUGGAUCUGGAAACUCUGGAGAUGAUUCGACGACUACGCCUAGUACUAGCACUACUACUACAAGUACCAGCUCAACUUCGUCAACGACAACGAUGGGCUCUGGAAAAUUGACCAGCUCGACGACGCCGAGCGCUGCAACCUCAACUACACAAGCCGAAAUGACCACUGAACUGCUUGAAGAUGUCUCGACGACCAGAAGUGGCAGUGGGGGAAACAGUGGAGGAGAUAGUGGUGGAAGCGGCAGCGGAGACUCGGAUGGAAGCGGCAGCGGUGGUAGCGCCAGUACAGAUGCACCGACUACAGAACAGCCAACGACGACAAUUUCAACAAGUUCAAGCAGUUCAGCCAUGUCCACGACGAGUGCGACGUCUUCGGGAAGUCCAAGCAGCUUGGCGACGCCGACCACGACCGAGAUGACCUCGACUACGGAUAGCCCUUCGACUACAUUUAUCGAGAUUGUCACCGGAAAUGGGGAGUUGACCGAAACAACCACAAUUCUGGACUCGACGAUGAUGAGAUUCAUUAGAAUCAACUUCUACCUUGACGUCAUCUACAAGUACGAGCUCUACGUCAACCUCAACAAGUUCGACAACAGUAUCUCGACGAGCCUCCCGACCAGCUCAACGACGUCGGCCUCGACUUCUAAUAUCCUAGACGCAUCUCCGACCACAUCUGAUAGCCCAUCUACCGUAGCCACCUCCACAACACUCCUAUCGACAGCUACCGUAUUUCGUGGAAUAACACCUGAGACGCAGGAAGCCCUUGAUAAUGUAGCUGCGGGGUUGAACGAACUAGCAGCCGCUCAGAGCAACAAUCCCGACACUGCGCUGGCCGAUGCUAUCGCCAACAUUACGACCGCCGCCCAGCUCUCCGCUUUCCUCAACAAUGUGCUUAGCGGGAAGGCACCGUAUAAUGUGAAUACGACGGAUACGGCUGCCCUGAUCGCGCAGGUGAAAGCGCAGAUUACGAAUCGUACGCAAGGGCUGACAGACAUGGCAAGCGGUAUGCUUGCCCAACUCGUCAACGUCACCAUCCAAUCACCAGAAGAGCUCCAAUCGGUCCUCUCCUCCCUGGCCGACAUCCUAAAAAACAGUUUCACGACGUCGAUCUCCGGGACUUCGGGGUACCUCGGCGCCUAUCAAGUUCUACACGGCACCAUCAUCGCUGAGACGUACACCCUCGUAUCGGCGAUGAGCUUGAUCACAAUCGAGGGCCAAAAUGCGUACAUCGUGGGCGACGUCCGCCCUGGCAUCCUCCAAUCCAGGACAACCCCCGAAGCCGUCAAUGUGAUCAACGACAUCACCAAGCUAUCCACAUCCAUCCAAUUCCUAUCCGACACUGACGUCGACGUUGCCCUCGGCUCUUUUAUGAACACGUCAAUCUUCGAGCCGCUCUCGUUUUUCACGCUCUAUGGAGAUACUUCGAUCACAUGCAGCGACGGUACGCAACUAUCGACGACACAAACCGUACUGUGGAACGCUUCCGUACCCCUGUUCUCGGACUCGGAAUCUGUUCCUCAAGAUUAUACGUCGAUCACCACAUGGCUUCCGAUACAAUCGGGCAGCGUCAGCGUGCAGGCCGACUCGAAUCUAGAGUCGAAUCUCGUUGCCGGAACGCUAAUAAAUGCCACCACGACCACCGUAACCGUCAUCUUCAACGGCCAGCCCAAUUUGUCGAAACUUUUUAGUGGCGGCCAAAUGCAGGUGCUGUCGCUGACAAAUACGACGGCUGCGAUUUCGAUCCAGGGGUCUACGCUACAAAAUUCGGCCUCACUUGAUCCACAACUAGCUAACGCUAUCAUUGAACCCGUCCGAAUUGAGGGCUAUUGGCUUCCGGACAUCUCCCCGGGCUACGUGACUGUCCUCAAUGGCACCUUCAUUCCGUUCCAAUCCUAUGACAAUCAGAGCUCGCUGCGCGAGGCGUUUAUAUCCGGUGCUGCCAUGCAGGGAACGGCUAUGAUGAACAUGGUCGGCGGUGACACAAAGAGCUACUCAUCCGUCUCCGUGAGCUACGACGGCACGUCCCUGCUCUUCCAGACGAUCGAUGAUAAUCUACUUCUGGAAUCAGCCACGUUUACGUACUUCGCGACUUACAUCGGGAUCUCGAGUGGGCAGAUUUCUGAAGGGGCCGCUGUGCAUGUCCAUACAACACUGGAGGUCGGAAUUGGUCAGCGGAUCUUCAUCGACGACGGGCUAAUCGUGCGCAACGGGUCCGACGGAUACGCAAUUAUCCAAGGAACCUUCACGACACAGGGAGACAUUCAGCUUGGCGAUGUCGCCCAACAAUCCCUAUCAAUGGUCACCGACUUGUUCAACACCAUGGACGCCGCCCUGGCCAACCCAUCGGCACAGGACCUGCAGAAUUGCCUGGCCUACGAGAAGCUCAACUACAACGACAUUUUCGAUGUGUUGCCGAAGGAUGCGAGUCAAAUCCGCUACGUCGACGAGUACACAGAGGAGGAGUGGGCCCUCGAGGCCACAAAACUCAUCCAGCAGCAAUUGGCCCGCCAAAUGGCCGCCCAAGUCAAAUCGAUGCUAUCUGCGGUCGAGGACAUGCUGGUGGCGACGGCAUUGAAAAAUGGCCCCUUACCUCAAUGUAUCACCCAGACGGGAGGGGGAAACACGCUGAAGGUGUGCCUCGGAAACGCGACCGACGUGCUGGCCAACCCGAUCGAGUGCAACACAUGGACGACGACCUUCCCGAAGACGCCGGCCUCGCUGAACGACACGCUGACGGGCGAGUCGACGAUCAGGGCGUCGAUGAUUUGCUAUGUGGUGAACCCGUACAUGUACUCGGACAAUUCGCAGUUCCUCAUCACUUCUGGUGCGCUCGACUUGAGCCUGAAGGACAUGGAAAAUGGGACCGUCAUACCAGUCACCGAAGCCACCGAGCAAACCUCAAUCGUCGGCCCAUCCAAUGCAACGGCGUCUGCGCAAGUGGAAAUGUUCACCGCCACCUUCCAAUCCUAUCAGAUCCUGGACAUCCACGCGUUCUACACGGUACAGUGGAACACGUCGAUCGUGAUCGAGCUGCAGAUGCAGACGCUGAAUCGGCCGUUUGCAAAUGACGUCUGGAUCUUCUUGUCCUACCAAUCACUGCCGGGUCCCAGGGAUGAAGACCACGAUUUCCGGUUUCAAGUUAGCAGCUAUAGAGGCAACAACGCCUACUUCGUCGAGUCGGACGUGUUGCUGAACAUGACCGGGCUGUACUACAUUGGAGUCGGCGUGAUGGCGGGGGCCAAUUCAACCUCCAACGACACUGUACAAUACGAUACUCCGCCCGGAUAUACCGGAAACUGGACAUUCGAGCGCAAUCUAUACUUUGAUUACACCAUUCGCGUCUUGACCAAGGGCUGCUACUAUUUCUUGGAUGCCGAAGAUCGAUACGACAAUCAAGGAGUUACGCCAAGUACACCCCCUGUCAUCGGUGACGCCGAAGUGGGGUGCGCCACCACCCAUUUCACGGUUUUCGCCAACGGGAUCUACGCCCCCGAUGUCCCGGCCGAUUUCGUGUACAGCUACAUCGAGAAGGGAUAUGUGCUGUGCUGCCACGCCCAGAUCGUCAUCUUCUUCAUGAUCUUCCACAUGAUGCUCCUCUACCUGUGCUUCUUGAGGGAAUACUUCUCAUACGAGUGGUCACCGGCCUUUAUCCACCCCCUUGACGACAACCACCGAAACGACACGUACCCGUACGUCGUGUGCGUCGAGACGGGCUACGCCAUGUUUGCCCAGACGGACUCCGGGGUGUUCAUCAACAUCGAAGGGUCGGAGGGGACGGAGCUGAGGCGGAAGUUGUACACCGACGGAGAGAUCGUGGGGACAAAGAGGUUAUUCCGAUGGGGACAUACGGAUCGAUUCAUUAUGACGACGCAUAGAAGUCUCGGCGAUCUCUCAACCAUACGACUCUGGAUCGACCAUGAAGGUAUCGGCCAUCGAGAAUCCUGGUACUGUAGCCGCGUCAUUAUCAAGGACCUGCACGCCAACAAGAACUACUACUUCAACGUAAAAAAUUGGUUCGGGCAACAGAGUGGGGAUGGAAAGACGGAACGCCUGAUCCCUGUCACCCCACUGGAAAAGCGACACCGUUUCAAGGAGGCCUUCUGGAUGCACAACAUUGCCCAGCAGAUCAACUGGAUCGCCCAGUGGAGCGGCGGUGGUACACCCAAUCGACUCCGAGCCGGUGUCGACUACCACACGAUGACCAUGUUCGCCAUAUUGUGCAUCGGCAUCACGGCGAACGUGUUCUCAACCCCGCACACGGCCAACUACACCGGCCAGGGCCUCGGGCCCGAGCUGAACAUCUUUGGUUACUUCUUCAAUUGGACGGAUGUUGUUGCCGGGUUGGCAUUGGCCCUAAUUAUGCUCAUCCCGUCAUUUGUACUACCGGAAUUGGCGAGGGGUGUCUGCUCGUCGCCUGAGGAAUGGCAGAUGAUCCAGGUGCAGAACUGUGUGCCCGACUUCAAGAAGCCGCCCCGGUGGAACCCGCUUUGGACGUGGGGGCUGUUCACGGUGGGCGUGUUCGGCUUCAUGGGCGUGAGCAUCGUCGCGUUAUGGGGAGCCAUCAAACUCGACGUGGAGGAGCAGUACUGCUUCGCCCGGCGCUUCUUCAUGCAAAUGCUCUUUUGGAUUUUUGUGACGGAACCGCUGAAGGGCCUAAUCGUGUCCCUCUACCGCGUCUACUGCACCCCGGAUUAUGGCAUCGUCACCGACCCCGAGCGUGCCUACCUCACCCUGCACGGCGUCAUCGACAAGCCCGCAUACGUACCUCCCGAAAAUCGAGAACUGAGUCGAACGGUGGCAAGCAUCAACCGAAUCAAGGAAGUGAAAGACGGCAGAAUGCGUGACGAGCAGCUCUUCUCGACCGCGCGUGAAGUGAUCAUUUUCCUAUGUUCGCUCGGCAUUCUCCUCGGACUUACCUACUAUUGUCGCGACCGCAACGGCUUUUACUAUCAGCAACAGGUCAGCCAGCUGCUCGUGCUCGACCCGCAAACCGACGCCACCGGCUUCAUGGACAUCAACAAGGCGGAAGAUUUUUGGGUGUGGCUGAAUGUGACCCUAGCAACAGCACUCCGCGUUUCUUGGUACGACAACCAACCGGCGUGGGAUAUGAGAGGGUUUUUGAACGAUAAGGUCUCUCGAGCUAUGGGAUACGGCACGGUGCGGCAGGUCCGCUCAUUCUCCAACGUCAACUGCAAGUUGGCCGACCAGCGCGUCGCCAAGUAUUUCAAUGGCUGUGAGGGCGUUACGGAUAAAAAAUACGAGGUGACGGUCGGCGGGUACACACCGGGAUGGGGCGAAAUUCUGGCCAACGUCACGGAUGACAUGCGCAACAACGACUCGCUGGUCCCGUACAUCUAUCGGACGGCCGAGGAGCUGGAAGGCCGUGACAUCAUGGGCUACCACGACAGCUACACGAGUGCAGGCUACGCGGCCAACCUCGACGGGACUACCGACGAGAUGCAGGAAAUGUUUGGGCAGAUGAUGGUCGACGGCUGGAUCGACGAGCACACCCGGGCCAUCAUCACCGAAUUCUCCAUCUACAACGCGCAGACAAACUACUUUGCCGUUGUUCAGCUACUUUUGGAGAAGCCGCCGGAUGGUGCGAUUUACCCGUCCUACUGGGUCGAGACGGUGCGCUUACUGGAAAAUGGAGGAGCUGACGGAACGAUGUCAGGUUACUUUGAGUCGCUCUACAUUUGCUACGUGGUCGUCAUCACUAUCUAUCAGAUCAUCAGCAUCAUCCGAAAUGGCUUGACGCCGCUGCUGGAAUUCUGGAAUUUCGUCGAUUUCCUGACGAUGCUAAUCGCAUGCGCCUCCCUCUACGCCUACGCUUUUCGUUAUAUGGCCAUUGUCCAGGUCACCGAGGAGUUCAAAGCCACAAAUGGUAAUGUGUACAUUAACCUGGGAAAACAACGCGAUUAUGAGCUGUAUUUCACCUGGCUGCUCGCCUUCGUCGUGUUCUUCGUGUUUAACCGCCGCAUCUCCGUCUUGGCCAUGACGCUCUCGAAGGCUGGCGGUCAAAUGGCUUCAUUUUCCAUUUGUUUCGGCAUCGUCAACAUGGCUUUCAACUCGGCCCUAUUUUUGCUGUUGUUCGACAAGCUGGAGCGGUUCCGAAACAUGCUCUCCGUCACCGAGUCCGGAAUAUCUGGGAUGUUGGGAAAAUUCGAUUUGUCGGACAUCAUCAGCGCGUCACCAUUGGGUUCGGCCAUUUUCAUCAUAUUCAUGAUCACCGGCACUGUCAUCUUGAUCAACAUGUUCAUCAUGAUUGUCAUGUACGAGUUUGAGCAGGUUCGAAACGACUCUCGGCUCCAAACCAACGACUACGAAAUUGUGGAGCACGUUAUGCGCCGAGCCGGGCUCUUCAACCGCUCCGAUUUGCCGCCCGUGUCGUUCCCGGAUUCGCGGGUUUACUCCCACAAUAUUGACCAGCUCGAACAUGUCGUAAAACUACUCCUCGUAAAGCUCCACACAAUGCGCCAGCUAGAUGAACUCGAUUUUGAGGAUAAGCGCGUCAUCGAGACCCCACUCGUCCGCCCCAACGACUUCAUCACGCUAGGCGACGAUGAUAGGCGCGAAAACAAUGUGAUCAACAAUAACUGGAAAAAGGGACGGCGCGGGAGACGU